CCCGCGUAUUGCAUUCCGCACCCGACCAGACCCGCUAUAAAUUGAUACCGACGCCCGACCCUCACCCGAUGGAAAAUUAGACGCUGGUACCCGAACCCGUGCAGGACUCUGGCCGAGAUAACCCUCACAACGAGUCUUUUCUUGUUGUGGGAAUACUAGAGAGGUCUGAGAACCCGACGCAGUCUUCAAUUCAUAAUAGCAUCUGGAGGCGCACACAUCUUUUGGCUGUGAUAUUAUAUAUUAUAUUAUAUAGAUACCUAUAUAUUCUAUAAUAUAAUAUUAUUUAGACAUAGAUCUCGAGAACUACGCAAACAGCAACAAUCUCUUCUCCUCCAUGCUGCAGCUCACUCUGGACUGCAGGGAGUGAACGCUGAUUGGCUGUUAUUUUACGUCCCUCAGUGAUUUAACGUUGAUUGGCAUUGUGGGAGUUCAUGUCUUCAAUCCACAAGCUCCAAAAAGUCUGUUUUGCUCAGGUCAAGAAGGCACCAAAUUUAUGUUACUAUUCGACUACAUAUAUGACCCACUUUUAAUACGCCACCGGUAUAAGUAUCCACUGGUGAAAUUCUCCUCUAAGAGGCAGUCUGCUUCAACAGGCCUGCAACACGACUCCAGUCGCACACAUGUCGUCUUUGGGCUGGGAUUUCUCUUUCUCUGAGAAUAAAGUGAUAUAAAAGAUACCCAAGGCAACCCAAAAACCCUUUUAAGUAACUGGGUUUUAUUAGACUUCAUUCAGUGAAGGCCAACGUUCAUUUCAAGGCUGCGUUUGUGCGUAUGUAUAAAUUAUUCAUGUUUAUUUAGUUAGCUGUGACUAACUCAUGUUCCGACUGCAAUUAAGGCAUCCAUAUUGAACUAAUGUUUAGUAGGUUUUUGUUGAAUGUGCUGAACAUUGUCAAUUCAUUAAUGAAACAAUUAAUACGGUAUCAGUAUACAAAUUGUAAACUAACCCUAAGUUUCAUGUAAUGCAUCAUAACCUAUAACUGUGACUGUUGAGUUAUUAACUUGGUCAUUAACUCAACCAAUCGGUUAUCAUGAGUUUGCAACUAAUACAGCAGUCCUACUAUGUUACAGCAGAACCUCUGAUCCAGCAGUCCUGCUGUCUUAUAGCAGAACCUCUGAUCCAGCAGUCCUACUAUGUUACAGCAGAACCUCUGAUCCAGCAGUCCUACUAUGUUACAGCAGAACCUCUGAUCCAGCAGUCCUACUAUGUUACAGCCGAACCUCUGAUCCAGCCGUCCUACUAUGUUAUAGCAGAACCUCAGAACCAGCAGUCCUACUGUGUCUUGGUUUGGCAGCUGGGCCAGAGACUAGCUGCCAAAGGUGAAAAAGUCCUUUGUAUCCUGGCUCGUUAAGGAGAUGUUCUGCCAAAGGAAACUAAUUUGAACAUGUGGAUAAAGCUUUAAUAAGGUUUUUUAAUAAGUAUAUUUCUACAGCGCCCAGUUUCCAAGCUGUUUAUUGAGACCUUUAGACCCUUUUUUACAGUCUAAUAUGGCUGACUGAGUCUGUGGUAAACAAGUGUCCCAGAUCCCUGCCUCAAGCGCUGUGAUUGGUCCGAACAGAUGAAGCGAGUGAUGCGCCCCAUCCGAGGCAGAUUUGAGUUCUCUUCUGCCAUCAGAAUUUUGAUUUUAAUAGAAAGUCAGAUUUUCGUAACUAGCAAACACCAAAUCUAGACAUGCUAUGAACAAUGUCUGACUUUGAGAGCCUCUCACUCACAUUCUUUGUGACACAUGUUGCACAUCUUGUAUGUCAACAAAAGCAAGAGAGAUAGUGAGAUGUAAAUAUAGCGAGAGACAGAGAGGAAGAGGGAUGCAUUUAGACAGAGAGAGUUGAGAGUGAGAAAAGAAGACAGAGAGAGAGAGAGAGAGAGAGAGAGAGAGAGAGAGAGAGAGAGAGAGAGAGAGAGAGAUAGAGUAAUAGAACAAGAGACCUGCUCCAUCAUGACACAGAUGUGAAAGCUGACUCAUGUUAGAAGAGAAGGAAGAAAAGUGGAAUAUUAAAUGAUUUGAGGCAAAAAGAUGUUUCCUGAGGGCCCACAGAGAUGAAAGGAGCGAGAAGGAGAAGAAAUAAGACCAGAAAGAGGGACCCCAGAGAGUAAUAAAGGAGUAGAAAGGGGAGAGAAUGAUAGAGAGAGCUGGAGAGAGAGACAGAGAGAGAUACAGAGAGAGACAGAAAUUAAAUGAACCAGAGAAUUUACAUGCAAAUGCAAGAGGCGGAGAUAAGGACAUUGAAGGAUGCUGUGUGUGUGUGUGUAUGUGUGUGUGUGUGUGUGUGUGUGUGUGUGUGUGUGUGUGUGUGUGUGUGUGUGUGUGUGUGUGUGUGCGCGCGCGUGUGUGUGUAUUUUCAUGUGUGUAUGUUUGUGUGUGUGCGUGCAUGUAUGUUUGUGUGUGUGUGUAUGUAUGUGUGUGUUUGUGUGUGUAGGGGAAAUGAUCACAGAGGCAGAAUGUCAACAUAACAGAGCAGAACGCCAGAUCAUAGAGAGAGAGAGAGAGAGAGAGAGAGAAAGAGAGAGAGAGAGAGAGAGAGAGAGAGAGAGAGAAAGAGAGAGAGAGAGAGAGAGAGAGAGAGAGAGAGAGAGAGAGAGAGAGAGAGAGAGAGGAUAAAGCAACAGUGUGUGAAUUAGGUGUGAGAGCGGAGUGAGAGGGAGUGUGCAUUCGGAGGGAAAUAUUGUGAUAGAGAGGAGCGAGGGAGUGAGAGAGAGCAAGAGAGCGAGACAAAGAGAGACGGUGGUUCUCUGUCCUCGGCAGCGUUGCAUGAAACCAGCCGAGCAUUAGUAGGUGGAGCUAGAGAGGAGAGGAGGAGGAGCUGUGAGAGGAGAAGCUGGUGACAAAUUGUACUCCACACCCCUCUCUCUCUGUCUCCGUCUCUCUCGCAGUCCCCUCUCCUCUUUCGCCCGGUCAGCAUCUGCCUCUGGAUGUGUACAGUAAGACACGUUCCUCUGGGAUGCUGUGAGAUCCAGGGACACGGAACAGAACUCCACUGGUGGGCGAAGACUUACGGCGACAAGCCCUGAUGCACCUCAUUCAGGAACACAGCUGGCACGAUCUGGAAUACGUUUGGUCUCGGCUCGUGGAUUGGAGUAUUGACAGCUGCUAUAGAAAAAACAAAAACCUGAAGCAUCUUGGAAAACUUGUGUGUCUAAUCGCGGAAGAAGAUUUGCUGAUUAUGUUUUGGAUUGCGAUCCUUUCACAAUCCCUGCUUCCAGCAGGCGCCAGUGUCUUGGAGUAGUGGUGUCAGUAUUUCUUGGCCGCUCUCUCAUUUGUCCUCGUGCUCACUUUCCUACACUAGCUCUCUUGCGCUCUCUCUCACCUCUCACUCUCUCUAACCGGAGCAGCAACAAGUGGUGGGUUACCUCACUCCCCCUGCCUGCAGCGCUCCUCGUUGUAUCCUCUAGGCUUCCUCUUUCAAGUCCUCUUUGAUUCCUCGUUGGCUUCCUCAUUGGCUUCCCUAUUGGGCUCUUUUGGAUUCCUCGUUGACUCCUUCGUUGACUUCUUCGGCCUUUCUGAGUUCCUCCUUGGUAUCCGGUUCUUCAAGAUGACUCCCAUGCAGAAGCUGCUGCAGCUGCCCGUCAACGCGGUCAACAUGGUGAAGACGGUGCAGAACCAGGUCCAGGGCUUCCAGGAGGAGGACAAGAGCCCCGUGCUCAGCCCUGACGGAGCCCACCAGGCCUGGUACAGCGCCCUGCAGCCAGACGAACUCCGCCACCUCCGCUCCGGGGGCUCCGGUGGCGGCGGAGGUGGAGGAGGAGGACACAACUCUGAGGAACGUGCCCCGCUGGAGGAAGGUGGAGGUGGUGGUGGCGGCCAGACCCAACCCCUGCGGUAGGACACCAGAGGGAACCGGGGCUUGCAGCUCUAUACAUGAGCAUCACAUCUAUACUCAGUGUGGCCUUACCGGGCAUCAGGUGUCACCAUAGAGGAGCGGUUUAAAGUGGAUUAACAACCUUAGCGUUUCAAGACAUUGCACAAGCUGGCAAAUACAUCUUAUGCAAUUGUGGCUUGCAUUUUUGUGUUUGCCGUUUUAUAUACAAACAUAUGGUGAGAAACUGUCUCUGGGGCUGUACGUCCAUGAGGCUGAAACACACUUACCCCGUUCAGAGGCACCUCAAAAUAAUAGCUGAGGUAGGUAACUGGAAGUUUUGAAUUAAUUUAACUUUUUAAUUAACAUUUAAAGUCGCUCACAGGAAAGGCAUUGUCUGCAGUCUGUUGGUUUAGCAUCUCAAUGAUCUCAAUUAUGCAGCAAUCACAUUGCAAUUUACAAUUUUGUCCAGAUUCAUGUUCCCUCGCUGAAGGACAGUGGGAGUUGGUUAUUGGCGAUCGGCCCUAGUACUUUUCGACUGUGAGAUCCAGCCCUCUUUCCACUACACUCUCCUUCCUCACACCACAGGACCCUCACAAUCCCCUCUGAUUUGAGUGUCAAAAAAGGCCUUUCCUUGCCUCAACCUCCUCUAAGAGGGAGUGUUUCAGCAGGUUAGCCGGAGUAAGCUAUCCUUAACCUCCAGACUCCAGGGAGUGUUUCAGCGGGCUAGCCAGGGUUAGCUAACCGUAACCCCCAGACUCCAGGGAGUGUUUCAGCGGGUUAGCCAGAGUUAGCUAGCCUUAACUUCCAGGCUCCAAGGAGUGUUUCAGCUGGUUAGCCAGGGCUGGCAGACCACAGGCUGUGCUUCAGGUAACCCGAGUGUCGCGGGCGUGUGCAGACCUACCUGGUGGGUUCAAUAAUUCAGGGCUGCUUGUGAAUUCAGUCGUUGAUUAGCUGAACGACUCAAUGGAAACAAGAGUCCUGUCCUGGGUGUUGGGUGACGUUACAGCGCCCUACAUACAGCAUGCAUGGUAUGGUCCAGACGCGCCCCUUCAUACAGCAUGCACCGUACGGUCCAGAUGCGCCCCAACAUACAGCAUGCACGGUACGGUCCAGAUACACCCCUACAAACAGCAUGCAUGGUAAGGUCAGGUUCCCGCCUACAUACAGCAUGCAUGGUAUGACCCGAGUUCAAAGGGUAUAUUUAGUGUGUCAACAACACACUCAUUUAGAAUGAUGUCACUAAACAAAAUGUCAGCCAUAUUAAACAUUGUAUUCAAUUGAAUAUUAUAUAUAAGAGUGAAAAGUGAAAUCAGAGGAGUGCUCCAAAUGUCUGGGGAAUUUAGUCUUUACUCUUUAAAGACUAAAGGUGAAUGUUUGAGAAUAUGUUCAUUCUUGGCAAGUCCAUGGCAUCCAUUACGCUGUAGUAAGUCAAAGACCUGGCGACGGUGCCUUAAGAGUAUAUCAUGGAUUUAAAGGUUGUAUCAGCGAUGUUAGGUGACUUCACUUCUGUUGGUAUUCGAAGCGAGAUCCCAAACUAACGGAGGUGGCUCGCCCCUCCCUUCCGUGUUUCGUGCAUCCAGUAAAAAUUAUCAUGAACGCAGAAGCAAAACCCCACAAUGUAUUCCACAUUGGUUGGAAUACUAUUUACUUCAGUUUUGAGUGGUUGGUUGUACCAUUUUCUUUUCUGUCCGAUCUCGGAGCAUUUGCUGCCUAAAGAGACGCAUUUUUUGACGGUCUGCUUAUGGGGCGGGCAGCUAGCGGAUCGUGAGGAAAGAUCACAUGAAUUUGAUCAUUUAUGUUUCGGCCUAGAAUCGCUGAUACAACCUUUAAGGACUCUAUUAUUGAUCGGCACUUGAAGUUUAAGAGAUUGUGUCUUCUUGAUUUGUACUUUCACAUCAUGCGUUUUAUUUGAAGAAAUUGUAUUAACAUGAUAAUUCACAUCAGAACAUUCAUCUAAAAUUACUUAGGCUCAAGUUUUAAGUAAGUGUGUUGUGUUUGUGUUCUUGUUUCAACAGCAUCACCAUUUAUACAAACCCAUUUAUUUAUAUAUUAUAUUGUGACCUGGUUCUGAUCAAGUCCAAAAAUAAUCUACAACACCCAGGCUUUUAAUAGACAUUGUCCGCGGUUCUUGAUCAUAUUCUGCUUGAUGAUUCCUUUGAGAAAAUCCUGAUUUAAAAUUAAUAAGA